AUGCCAGCUCUGCCAAGUACACAGCACCCUUGGAAUGCGGUCAGCAGUGCCACCAACAGCCUGCUCACCGCGUGUAUCGCGCUCGUCAGCGACUGUGUUACUGGGCAGGAAAGCCACUUGCCACUGGCUGAGGCCACCCCGGGAAGGAGGUCUAGCGAGCCCAGCUUCGAUAAAGGCAUGGUGUUCGAAUUGCGAAAUGAGCUGCAUCCAGAGCACCGAGUCCCGACAGGCAACCGAGGGAGUCAGUUGUCGCCUGGGCAGCAAGAAGAACAGCAGCAGCUACGAUGGCAGCAACAACCGCCACAGCUGCAACGACAGCAGCAAGGAAAUCAGUUGCGCAUGGCCCAGGCUCCGAGUUUCCGAAGCGGGACACGGUCUAAACAGGACAUUUCAACUGCCUAUGAGUACGAGCCGCUUCUGAGCCUGCAAUCCUCUUUCCCCCACCAGCAGCAACAGCUACAGGAGCUUGAGCAGAAGGAACAAGAGUAUGGGCCACAACAACAUUGUCACAGUUAUCAUAAUCAGUGUCAGCAUCAGUAUGAGCAAAAGACGCAGCAGCCGCUGCAGCAGCAGGAGAGUAUGCCAUGGCAGAAGCCGCAGCGACCACAUUCACAGCUAGGCUGGAUACCCCUCAGAUGUCCAUUGGCCUGCUGGACAACCACCGCGGCCAGUUCGUCAACGAACAAUAAAACAACCGAUGCCGUCGGCAGCUCUGCGCAGCAUCAGGACCUUGCGCAUCCCCACUACCAACAGCCGCACUGGCCGCUACCGCCAGCGGAACUACGGCAGGAACCGAAACAGCGGCGGCUGUUGCUUCACUGGCAGCAGGGACCGCAGCCGCCGCUGUUCCGGCUGCCACAGUCGCCGCCGCAGGUGCAGGAGCAGGAACCGCAGCAGCGACAACAACAACCGCGCCAGCGUCCGUGCAUCCCGUUUUUCGUGCCCACGACGCCCCCUUUGGAUGCCGACGUGCCCAGCGAGCGAAUUCUGAGGCUAUGCCGAGCGCUGUGCAUGUCAGAGGGCAGCACAGCACGGCUGGCGCUGCACAUAUGGAGCAGGAUAACGGGCAUGGUACGGCUGCUGGUUUCAAUGCGUCCACAUGCGCGUAACCAUCGCCAAACGUCUUCGUCUGCCGACGUGACGACGGUGGCGGCGGCGGCGGCAGCGGACCGAGUGUAUUCAGUGGCGACGGUAUGGCUGGCGGCAAAGCUGGAGCAAAGCCGCUGCGAGGUGCCCUCUGUGCAUACGUUGGCGGCGGCGGGCCGCACACUGCCGUCAGUGGUGAUUGCCGCGGAGUUGCGUGUGCUGCAGUGGUGCGGGUGGGCGCCGUACACCGGCUUCGUGCCAGAUGACUCCCACUUGCUGAUAGAACUGUAG